GUCACCCCGGAAGGCACCACGUCCGGCUUUGGUCCCAACUUUCUGGGGUAAAAGUCCCCGACAUUGUGGUACGACAGAGCCGCGGACGUGGACAUCAUCGAGUCCAUGGCGAGCACUUCCGCUUCUUUUUCUUCUUCUACUGUUUAUUGGCGGUUGGCAAGCAGCUUUAAGGCUUUAAUUGGAUGUUUGGAGUGUUGAAUAAGAUCAUCACCGAGGCCACAGGAAAGAAGAUAGAAAUCAGGAUACCGCCACUUCUAGAGUUCUUCGGGGCGGAUGUCUUACAGGCGCUAGAUAAAAGCCCCUUGCUCAGGAUUUUGGGGACCCACCUGCACCCCGACAACAUCCCCACCUCCUUCUUCACCAAGAGAGUAAAGAUCUUGGUCAUCUUCAGGAACCCCAAGGACACGCUGGUGUCCUUCUAUCACUUCUGCAAAAAUUUCCCCAUCCAACCAUUUCCAUCGUCAUGGGAAUCUUUCUACACCAACUUCAUGUCUGGAGAAGUUCCCUGGGGGUCCUACUUUGAGCACGCUUUGGCCUGGGAGAAGAGGAUGGACGACCCCAAUGUCAUGCUGGUCACCUACGAGGAGCUCAAACAAGACCUUGGCGAGGGACUCCGUCAAAUAUCAUCCUUCUUGGGCUUCAAGCUGACUGAGGAUCAGGUGCAGCAGGUGUCUGAGGGCGUCACCUUCGCCGCCAUGAAGGAGACCGUCCUGGUGCCGCGUGCAAUGAGAGGCAUCAUCUUCAGGCAAGGUGAGGUAGGAGACUGGAGGAACCACUUCACCGCAGAACAGAGCCAGCAGAUGGACCGGGUCUUCAGCAAACACCUGGCGGGAACGCGGCUGGGACGCCGCCUCAAGUAUGAUGUCUACUGUCAGUAGGACGUGAGGGCGUG